GCUAUUCAUACCUCCGUAUGACGAGGCUUUCUGUGGUCUUGGCAGCAGCAGUGAGAACGAGCCCCUGCACAUCGCUGCGGCGAGCUUACAGAGUUGGACAGUCACGACCGAACCCCUGCGCUGAUCCUUGUUCGUUCUAUCGUUUCCGAAGCUCUUGACGUCCAAUCCGCUUACAGCCAUGGUUGUCCUCGACGAUAUAGAAAACGAUCCUCCGCCCUCGUAUGUUGAGGCAGGCCCGGCGGGGUCCUUACCGCCAUUCCCUGCCAGAGGCUCGCGUGUCACAUUGAUCACCCUGCCUUCUCACAUGCUGUUACGAAUCAUCUACGAGUUGUUUCCUCAAGGCCAGCCUGAGGGCCAAAGGAGGAUCCUGCAAUGGCUUCAUGUUUCUCUCAGGCGCGUCAAUCAUGCGCUGUAUGUUGCUUGCAUGCACGUCCUGCGUUCGACCUAUCUGCCUGAAUAUAGCAAGCACGUCCGCGCACCUUACACAUCAGAUCCCUUUCCUUCGUCAGUCGCCGGUUCGGAACAGAGCGAACAGGCGAUAUCGCCUGUUCUAUCCAUGCAGCGGGAGACACGCGUCCUAGAUCUCUUCAUCGCACUCAAAGUGCGAGAGGACGUCUUAACGGACGAAAGUGAGCUGCAUCUCGAACAUGAAGACAGCUUCAAAGACCUCUUCGAUCUUAUGCAGCCACGCAGCAGGCUUGAGGACCUCGUGAGGAUAUACGGUGCCCGAGAAGGCGUCAUCUCCACGCAGUCAUCCGGCUCAAGCAUGAGCAAAGGAAGAUCCGACGUGCAGCCCAUCCCAUUUACAUUUCUGUCAAUCUCAUUUUCGCCGAGGAAAGUGGGACUGGUGCUCACGAUCAAGCGGUCGAGGAAAGCGAUUGUAGAAGUCGUGAGAGCUCGUGAGGACACGCUCGACGUUGCUGCUAAACGCUUGGUGAGAGGAUUGAAAUCUUGGCUGCCCGCUCAUCCAGGCUAUAUGAACUCAAUCUAAUAUCCAUGCAUGUAUACCUUUGAUGGAAGGACGUAUCCUGGAACUUAUGUAUCCCUGUAGUAGUAGCAUACCUCGAAAUCGCAUUCCUAAUAGACCGGUAAACGCUGAUCUAUUGGCCAUUGUCGAGACGGC